CAUCUCAACGCAAUGCUCGCUGAACUUCAGUGGAACUUCAGAAUGUUGCGUGUAAAGAGCUUCGUGAACAAGCUGCGGAAAUCAUAAAUUAUGUAUAUUUCGUCGCGACGCAUUUGAAAUGUGGGUGACUGUUUUAUGUAGGCUCAACACAACCACUUAAGCAUUUUACUUUGGUUCAAAGACAGAUAUCAAUAUGUCAGAGACGAGCUUAUUUGUUCUGUUAUUCUUCGCGGGAUUUAUUUCCACCUUUUCUUCUGAACCACUGCUUUCAUGCAAAAAUGAUUAUAUAACAACAAUGAAUUGCACGCUGGAUUCCCCCAAAACCUCAAACUGUAGCAUAUAUACCGCUGAAUUUAAACUUGAUGAUGAUAGUGAAAGUUACAAGUGUCCUUUCAUGAACAACAUGGCAGGGAUGUGCAGCUGCACGGUACAAAUGCUUCCAUUUGUCUAUUCGGAAGAAUAUCAGUUGGAUUUACUAGAAGGAAAUAAGUCAAUUUAUUCAAAGCAAUACAUUCCAUCAUCCCACAUCAAACCAAAUGCUCCUGAAAUAAUUUCUUUUAUCCGGCAAGAAAAUGGGAAUUAUGAUGUUAUGUGGAAGUCAAGUUAUGGAAUGAAGUCAGAGUACGUGAAGUAUCAGGUUUGCUACAAAAAGAAAGGAGAGGAAGACAAGAACAUGACCAAUACAUCCCAGACAAAUGUUGUGAUACUAAGCAGCACACUCGAGCAAGGCGCCGUUUAUGUGGUGAGGGUGAGAUCAUUUUCGCUUUUCUACAAAACUGAAUUCAGCGACUGGAGCCAUGAGAGAGAAUGGACUGAACCUUUGUCGUUCGAAAGGAUUCUGGAAAUCACCAUCCCUAGUCUGUGUGUGGCCCUCAUCGUCAUCCUCGCUUUUCUGUACUGGUGCCUGCUGAGGAUGAAGGACAGGUGGUGGGAUAAAAUUCCUAACCCUUACAAAGCACACAUUAAAAGCAUGACUGUUGGAAAACCAGUGGUGCUUAAACCUGAGACUGCGGACUUCAAUCAGCAGUUUGACAUAAUUGAUCAGCCAUGGAAAGCUCAUCUGAUUGUUGGUGGUGAUAAGGAAGAAGGCUUAUAUCCCAAGAAUCUUCUGAACUCUGAAGGAUCCUCGCAAUCAGACUAUGCCCGUACUUACUCCAUAUCCCAGGGGACGACUGUUCCGGGAAGUGUAAUGCAAAAAAUUCUUGAGGAGGCUUUUAACAUUUUCAUUCCUAAAGCUUCCAUGCCAGUUAUAUCUGACCUAGGAACGGAUGGCUGCUACAAAAACGUAGACGUCACGCCAAGGAAGGAGAGUGGCUCGUCUGGAAACCUGUCUCCAAGCAGCCCUGAGGGUUCAGCGAGCUCCUGUGACUCACAGUACAAAAACAUCUCCUACUCUUGGGUUUCUUCACUGCGAGGGAGUGGCAACCACGAGCUAGUGAUGAAUGAAAAGCCCUCACAUUCCUUCAAGUCCCCAAUUGCCUGCACCUUCAUCGAGGACUAUCACUCUAACGACAGUGAGGCUUUGAAGGUUCCGCCAGCGAAUCUGCAAGGUUUUGUCUCACCUACUAGUACCCCUGUCUUACUUCCACUCUUGCUCACAGACUCAGAGUAUCAAGCCUGUGACAGCAGUGCUGUAACUACACCCCAAGAUGCAGAAACUCCUUCCACCUGUUCGUCUAAGUUGGAUGCUGACUUGGAGUUGUUGACUCCGCCCCCUCACUUGUUCAGAGCGGAUGAUGACUAUCAGAGCUUUAAUAAUGCCAUCAGUAAUGGCAAACAGGUAGGAGCCGGUUCAUCUCUUGAGCCAUUCGGUGUGGAUCAGAUCACUGAAGACCUGUUAAUCUGCAGCAUAAACCCAGCAUACGCUGGCCAGCCUGCUAAGGGGUGCAGUCUCGCUCCCUGUGAAGAGGGCUAUAGUCCCCUCCAAGGCCUGUCCUCAGAAUCCAGUAGACAACCGUUUGAAAUCAAUGGUACUGAAGAUGGACCAAAGGGACACACAUGGGCUCUAUCCCAAUACCCCGAAAAGCACAUCGUUACUGCUGCCUCUGGUCCCCACAGGAGCUUGCAGAAGAUGGAAAGUUGGCAUGAUCCACCUGUCCUGCAAAUUGACAAUUCUUAUCACAGGGUAUAAAGAUCCAUGAGGGCAAAUUGUGAAGACUUCUGCGGAUGUGUCCUAACAGGUCCCAGGACAGAAACAUGACUGGGGGUCUGGAGCCUAUGAGUGCAAGGCAGGGAAUAACCCAGGAUGGGGCGCCAACUGGUCGCAGGGGCAUACACACGCACAUUCACAUCUCCCGACAAUUUGGCGACUCUGAAUUCACCUGGUUACAGUUGCUGUAUAUAUCUAAAUAAGAUGACAACCAAAAUUCUGCACUGCAUAUCCAUGUGAUUUAUUUUGGAAUGCUUGUCUAUGAAAUUUUCAGUAAUACUUAAUAUCGAUGGUCAGUAAAAAAAAAAAAAAAACAGGGUGUCAUUGCAAACUUAUUAUCUAUCCGACCUUUCUCCCAAUAGCUGGUAUGUGCUUGAAACGAAGUAGCAUUUUAUAGGUACGGUAAUUACUCCAUGGAGAAUAUUCCUUGAGUUCCUUAUAUAAAGUUGCAUUGAAUAAUGCAGUCAUCUUUUCGCUAGAAACUAGUGGGUAUGAGUGUAGUAUGAUAAAAAGUGUUUUUUUAUUGAUUUAAGCAAAAAUUUGCUUUCCUUUGCUUGGGUUUGAUUUUCAUACGCGUGUACAGAUGUCAUUUUUAUGGUCUAAUAAACACUCUGAACUUUG